GAAAUGGGCGGCCAGUCACUCCGUUGAGGCUGUCGUCACAAAUAUUAUCACGUGAUCUGUGCCGUUUACACUCCCGGCCAAAAAAUGGCGACAGCGGAAGUGGAGCGUCGGCGUAGCAAGCUCGCUGCCCUGUCGUUCGCCGCUGUGGUCAUCUUCCUCGGGAUCCCUCUGUGGUGGCGGACAACCACAACGUACCGCGCCUGGUUACCUGUCAGUCAGAUUCAGGAGCUGGCUAAGCUGAAGCUCCUUCUGAGCGCUGAGGUGGAGGUUGUGUUCGCACGGGGAACGUUGACGGCGGAGCAGCAGAAGAAGGUCCCGCUGACACGGACGCAUGAUGAGGAACACGCCGUGGAUGGGGACACCUCGUUGACUUACCGAUAUGAGACACGUUACCGCACAGCUACCGUCAUGGAGGAGGACGCUCUGAAUAAGCUCAACGCUGCCGAGACCGAUCUUUCCCUGCACACGCUCAGUGAGAGUCCAUGCGGUUCUUUGGUGGUCUACGUGAUCCCAGAGUCCUCCUUGCUGCUGCCCCAGGACGUGGACGUGUACGUCGGCCAGCGACGCACGGCUUUGCUGCGCGGCGCCGCCCAGACGAGCGGGGUCAGGACGCUGGCCGAGGUGUUGGCCGGCCUGGAGCCGCAGGUCAAGCGGGUGCUGCGGGUCAUGUCCUUCAGCCACGGCGACAUCAUGGCCGCCCUCGGCGACAGAGUGCAUCUCGGCCCCGGAAGCCGACAGAGCGAAGCUGACAGCAUGAGAGCCUUCAAGUCCAGCCCGGGUUAUGAGAUAACCUUCAGUCUGCUGAAUCCCGACCCCAAGUCGCACCAACUCUACUGGGACAUAGAGGGCGCUGUGCAAAGCUACAUUCAACCGUUGCUCUCCAAACUGGGGCCCGUGGCCAACUUCAGCGUCGACUCUCAGACCUUGCAUUACAGCAUGCUGGGCGUCAACGCUCGCUUCGACAGCGACCGCGGCGCCUACACGCUGGCCGCCGACAGCCUGGCACACGUCAUCAACCCCGUGGAGGCUCGCCUGGGCUCCAACGCCGCCUCGUCCGAUCCUGUGCUCAACUUCCUGCUGUACGUCCCCGACGGCCAACACUCCCCGCUUCACAUCCUUGACCGCAAGAAGAGAGCGGUGGCAUCGAACGCCUUCCACUCUCCACGCUGGGGAGGAAUCAUGGUUUACAAUGUGGAUGGCUUCUAUGGGAAAGAGACGCCGCUCCCCGUUGACAUCGACAUAAACAUGGCCGAAGUCAUGGGCGUCUUCCUGGCACAGCUGCGUCUGUUGCUAGGCGUGCAGCCCUCCACGCCCCCACCAGGCUUCCUGGUGUCUCCUCCCGGCAUCACUGGGCUCGCCGACUGGGAGCUGGACCGCCUCAUGUGGAGUCGUAGCGUGGAAAACAUCGCCACGGCGACCACCACCAUCACAUCGCUGGCGCAGCUGCUGGACCAGAUCGGCAACAUCGUGAUCAACGACAACAUCGCCCGGCAGGUGUCCAGCGCCGUCUCGUCGCUGCAGCUGGCCCUGGCCGAGCUGGAGGCCGGGAACCUGGGUUUCGCGCUGCAGUACAGCAAGGAGGCCAUCUUGGCGUCCGAGAGGGCCUUCUUUGAUCCAUCGCUGCUCCACCUCCUCUACUUCCCGGACGACCAGAAGUUUGCCAUCUACAUCCCGCUCUUCCUGCCCAUAUGUUUGCCCAUUCUGAUGUCCCUGCUCGGAAUCAUGUCCGACAUGAGGCGGAAGCGCAGGGACAAGCAGGCCAAGAAGGACUGAGCGACUGAUGGCUUUGGAACGCAUGAAGAAAAGCUUGUGGACGAUGAAAACAUGGACCACCGAAGCCAAAAACACCAGAAAUGAGUUUGGAAAUGGGAAAUAAAAACAAAAGCUGGAGAAGAUGCUUUUUAUUGGCCGGCGAAGAACCAGGAGCCUUUGGAGGAUGGUUAGUGAUGGUUUUUACACUGGAAAUUCUCUUCUAACUUAUUGACAAAUAAAAGCUUUUAAUGCUGUGUAACAA